UACGUCACCGCGCUCGAGUGGGAGUCGAGUCUUCUCCGGAAUCGUUUGCUUUCAUUUCUGCACGAGUCCGUCGCGCGCCCGUUUCCUUCUCUUCCUUUCGAACCAAAACAAACGUCGCCCGACGCGCCUCGGUCGCUCGUUUCCCCGCACCGCGGAGGGAUUAUUCGGUGUUUUCCGCGAAAAGGCGGCCAGCAAAGCCAGAAAAAAAGAUGAGUGUGGAGGCGUACGGGCCGAGCUCGCAGACGCUCACCUUCCUGGACACGGAGGAAGCGGAUCUGCUCGGGGCCGACACGCAGGGCUCCGAGUUCGAGUUCACCGACUUCACGCUGCCCAGCCAGACCCAAACUCAGGGCCAUACCCAGAGUCAACUCGACAACCAGGUGAAUGGACCUGAUGGUGUUCUGCCCAACGGAGACGAUGCAGUGGUGAAGACCAGCCAGCUUCUGGCCGAGCUGAACUUUGAGGAGGACGAGGAAGAUACUUACUACACUAAAGAUCUUCCGGUGCACGCCUGCAGCUACUGUGGCAUCCACGAUCCAGCAUGUGUGGUCUAUUGCAACACCAGCAAGAAAUGGUUCUGCAACGGCCGCGGUAACACCUCUGGCAGUCAUAUUGUGAACCACUUGGUGAGGGCCAAAUGUAAGGAGGUGACGCUGCACAAGGACGGACCGCUGGGAGAGACGGUUCUGGAGUGCUAUAACUGCGGCUGCCGUAAUGUCUUCCUGCUCGGCUUCAUCCCGGCUAAAGCCGACUCUGUUGUGGUGCUUCUGUGCAGGCAGCCGUGUGCCAGUCAGAGCAGUCUGAAGGACAUUAACUGGGACAGCUCUCAGUGGCAGCCCCUCAUCCAGGACCGCUGCUUCCUGUCCUGGCUGGUGAAGAUCCCGUCCGAGCAGGAGCAGCUGAGGGCCCGUCAGAUCACGGCACAGCAGAUCAAUAAACUCGAGGAGCUCUGGAAGGAAAACCCGACAGCGACACUGGAAGAUUUGGAGAAACCUGGAGUGGAUGAGGAACCUCAGCACGUUCUGCUGCGAUACGAAGAUGCCUAUCAGUACCAGAACAUCUUUGGGCCGCUGGUCAAACUAGAGGCUGACUAUGACAAGAAACUCAAAGAGUCCCAAACUCAAGACAAUAUAACAGUGAGGUGGGAUUUGGGACUGAAUAAAAAGCGGAUAGCUUAUUUCACUCUGCCCAAGACGGAUUCAGGUGACAUGCGACUGAUGCAAGGAGACGAGAUCUGUCUGCGGUAUAAGGGAGACAUGGCUCCGCUGUGGAAAGGGAUCGGACACGUCAUCAAAGUCCCGGACAAUUAUGGAGAUGAAAUCGCCAUCGAGCUGCGCAGCAGUGCUGGUGCUCCUGUGGAGGUGCCGCAUAACUUCCAGGUGGACUUUGUCUGGAAGUCGACAUCUUUUGACCGCAUGCAGAGCGCCCUGAAGACGUUUGCUGUGGACGAGACCUCUGUGUCCGGAUAUAUCUAUCACAAGCUGCUGGGUCACGAGGUGGAGGACGUUAUCAUCAAAUGCCAGCUGCCCAAACGCUUCACUGCGCAGGGCCUGCCAGACCUCAACCACUCGCAGGUUUAUGCUGUGAAGACGGUGCUGCAGCGACCCCUGAGUCUGAUCCAGGGGCCUCCAGGAACCGGAAAGACUGUCACCUCUGCCACCAUCGUCUACCAUCUGGCCAGACAGGGCAACGGUCCGGUGCUGGUUUGUGCUCCGAGUAACAUCGCAGUGGACCAGCUGACAGAGAAGAUCCAUCAGACGGGGCUGAAGGUGGUUCGUCUGUGCGCUAAGAGUCGUGAGGCCAUCGAUUCCCCCGUGUCUUUCCUGGCUCUGCACAAUCAGAUCCGCAACAUGGACAGCAUGCCAGAGUUGCAGAAACUGCAGCAGCUGAAGGACGAAACUGGCGAGCUGUCGUCUUCUGACGAGAAACGUUACCGAGCUCUCAAACGAACCGCUGAGAGAGAGCUGCUCAUGAAUGCAGAUGUGAUCUGCUGCACAUGUGUGGGUGCGGGUGACCCUCGCCUGGCUAAGAUGCAGUUCCGCUCCAUCCUCAUCGAUGAGAGCACACAGGCCACGGAGCCCGAGUGCAUGGUGCCAGUGGUGCUCGGGGCCAAACAGCUGAUUCUGGUGGGUGACCACUGUCAGCUGGGUCCUGUGGUCAUGUGCAAGAAGGCGGCUAAAGCAGGUCUGUCUCAGUCUCUGUUUGAGAGGCUGGUGGUCCUGGGCAUCAGACCCAUCCGUCUGCAGGUGCAGUACCGCAUGCACCCGGCCCUCAGCGCCUUCCCGUCAAACAUCUUCUACGAGGGCUCUCUGCAAAACGGGGUCACCGCCACCGAUCGCAUCAAGAAAGGCUUUGACUUCCAGUGGCCUCAGCCCGAUAAGCCCAUGUUUUUCUAUGUAACUCAAGGCCAGGAGGAGAUCGCAAGCUCUGGCACCUCCUAUCUCAACAGGACUGAGGCGUCUAAUGUGGAGAAGAUCACCACCCGUCUGCUGAAGGCCGGAGCCAAACCCGACCAGAUCGGCAUCAUUACGCCCUACGAGGGCCAGCGCUCUUACCUGGUGCAGUACAUGCAGUUCAGCGGCUCCCUGCACACCAAACUAUACCAGGAGGUGGAGAUCGCCAGCGUGGAUGCGUUCCAGGGCAGAGAGAAGGACUUCAUCAUCCUGUCUUGUGUCAGAGCUAACGAGCACCAGGGCAUCGGCUUCCUGAACGACCCACGACGUCUCAAUGUGGCGCUAACCAGAGCCAGAUAUGGCGUGAUCAUUGUGGGCAACCCUAAGGCUCUGUCCAAGCAGCCUCUGUGGAACCACCUGCUCAACUACUACAAGGAGCAGAAGGUUCUGGUGGAAGGACCGCUGAACAACCUGAGAGAGAGCCUCAUGCAGUUCAGCAAACCACGCAAGCUGGUCAACACCAUCAACCCUGGAGCCCGUUUCAUGAGUACCGCCAUGUACGACGCACGAGAGGCCAUGAUUCCUGGAUCUGUGUAUGAUCGCAGCAGCACCGGGCGUCCAUCUAAUAUGUACUUCCAGACCCAUGACCAGGUCGGCAUGAUCGGGACUGGGCCGAACCCAAUGGGCUCCAUGAACAUCCCCAUCCCAUUCAAUCUGGUCAUGCCUCCCAUGCCUCCGCCUGGGUACCUGGGCCAGGUGAACGGACCUGCUGCCGGUCGUGGUGCUCCUAAAGGUAAGACCGGGGGUCGUGGAGGUCGUCAGAGGAACCGUGGCACUGGUAAUCACGGCAGUGGGCAGGCCAACAUGCCGAACAGCCAGGCCAGUCAGGACCUGGUGUCCCAGCCCUUCUCUCAGGGUCCACUGACCCAGGGCUACAUCACCAUGAGCCAGCCGUCACAGAUGAGCCAGCCUGGACUGUCCCAGCCGGAGCUCUCACAGGAUAGCUACCUGGGUGAUGAGUUCAAGUCCCAGAUGGACGUGGCGCUUUCCCAGGAUUCCACCUACCAGGGCGAACGGGCAUAUCAACACGGAGGAGUGACUGGACUCUCACAGUACUAGAGUGUUGUUGGAACAGGAGCUAGGCCUGUGCUGAGCUUAGUUCAUCAGCAUUUUAAAUAUGGGUAAAUAUAAAAAAAGAACAAACAUGGAUGCCCGUUUACCACUGUUACAACUGAAGCACCAUGGUGUGAGAGCAACAGGAGAGAAUCAAACCAAUCACAGGAGGGAGUAAAGCUGGACAGGACGAAAGAGAACGUGUGAGUGGCGGACUACAUCCACCAUUCGUUGAGGACGGGGAGGAGAGGGGAGACGCAGUGUUAGGAGGAGACCAAACACGAGAUCUUCGAUCUGCAACUCCGCAACGUGGAGGAGGCUCCUGGAGCGCAGGGGCCCUUCCCGGCCUCCUCUCUCUCUCGCCUGGCUGCCGACGUCAGCCUCAGGCCUUGCCCUGCCAACAGAGACGGAGCCAAGAUGAAGUUCUCUUAAAACUACCUGCAAAAACCACGCUUGCUCUGUCGUCUCCACGAGCUGAGAGAGGGGGUGACGUAUUUAAAGUAAUUAUAAACGCUUUUCAAGCAGCUGAUUUUCGGGAAAGUAGAGUUCCCCUCAAAGUUGACAUCUGACAUUCAGGUUCUACCACCGCACAUCUUUGAGAGAACGGACGCCUGCGGCAAGAGUCUUCGCGUUUUGUUUUCGGAGCGCCUCUUGUCUCCAACCCGAGGUGCUAGGACACUCUGAAGGACGAUUCAACUUUGAGGAACGUUUUCCGCCUGAGGGUAGAGGUGCCGCGUCGAACGGAGGGCCAGUCACAUCUCAUCCGCUCUCCGCUAGGUGAUUUGGGCUAGAAAUGGCUUUGGGAUGUUUAAAAUUUCCUUUUAAGUGUUCUGUCCUUUGCCGAGGGAUCUAUCCGGUCUUAUUUUCCUUUUUGUUUUAAAACGUUUUUUGUCUAACUAGAAUAAAAGCAGUGAAUUAGAACCGUUAGAUUUUAGCUUGCUUGAUUUAGAUGUGGCUUCAAAACCGAUCCAAACCACCCGGAUCUGUGGGUCAGGAGCGUCCAAAUCAGGUCAAACUCGUUCAUCUGGGUCUGUUCGAUUUGAUGUGUCAAUCAAAGCAAACUCCUCCCACUGUCCAAUCAGGUGAAAUGCGAUCAUCUGAGACAAAGUAACCCCCUCCCACUGCUAUUCUGUCCAAUCAGGUGAAACUUGCUCGUCUGAAGCUGUUCGAUUUGAUGUGAGACAAAUGUGUCAAUCACAGUAAGCCCCUCCCAUUGCUAUUCUGUCCAAUCAGGGCGCAGUAAUAUUAUCGUUGCGCCCGAAUUGCUUUAGUUGCGCCUCAGAGAAAGCGGAAGGAGAUCGCCGCACCCAUGUGAAGCACAGACAGGUGAGAUUCUCGCUGUUUUUGUGUCUGACCGUAAGAGGCUCGUCUUGCGCUCUUGCGUUGUUAUGAUGAUGACGAUGUCAGUGAGAGCGGGCGGUUUUACGCCGCCGACAGGUGUGUGUGUGUUCGUGUGUUUCCAGAAUGCCCUCCUUCAUUAUUAUUUGUGCUGUGAUAGAUUAUAGUUUUGCUUUUUUGCCCGCAUUCUAGUUGCUUUUCCCUCUCUUCUUAGUAGCUCACAGUUUUAUUUGUACGCGAUCUGACGUGAAGUUCUCGUAACCUCUCUCAGUGUGGAAAUUGCUCGAGUUAAUUUGGUUUCGACGGACCCAUUCAGAGUUUUACGGCAGCUUUUAACAUCUGUUCCGACCGAUGCCAGUCGCCUCAACUUUGUACUUUUACUUUGGAGUGUUUAUACCUUGCUGUUACACCACACGCGCAGCCCUUUUGACUGUUUGAUAUUACCCACCACUUGCAUUUUAUAGCAUCGAGCACAGAUUCGUUUUAAGGUCACAUCCUUUGCUUUCUCUUUUUUUUUUCCUUUGCCCACAAGACAAUCAUGACUCGUUCGUAACCGAGUUUGCAGAAAUGUUGAUGCGACUUUUUCAUGUUAACCUCUCGUUUUAGAAUGAACUCCUUCUCUGAAAUUCAUGUAUACAGUUUAGUUUUCACAUUUCAUACUUCAACUGUAAAUAUCAGUGCUCAGAUUUGACGUCAGCCAGACUGUUGCCAAUGACAAUGAGAUACUAACAUCCUCAACAAGGCCAAGGCGAUCCACAGCGAUGCAUUCUGGUUUUUAUCGAGUACAAAGAGGUUCUGCUGCGAAAAUUGCAUCAAAUUUGAAUGAAAUGUACAAUACAUUUAUAUGCUUUAACUUGCAAUGAAGAGGAACACUGGAAAAACAUCAGGAUAUGAAGUAUAAUUCAGGAUUUUGUUUUGUGGAAAAAGUUUUCACCCCCACAAUAUGUACUUCUUGUAAUGUUAUGAAUAAAUGUUGCUUUCUUUCACCCAA